AUGAUAGAGAAGAGGCAAUUUACCGGUGGGAAAUUUGAGAAUCCCCAUGAGCAUAUCAAAGAGUUUCUCAAGUAUUGUGACACUAUCAAGAUCAACGGAGUCUCCCAAGAGUACAUAAGAUUGAAGAUUUUCCCAUUCUCACUCAUGGGAGCGGCAGAACAUUGGUUGAACAAGGAUGUCCCCCCCGGUUCCCUCACGACUUGGAAUGAGGUAACUACGGCGUUCCUAGGAAGGUUUUACAAUCACAAGAAAACCGCCGAGGCUCGCUCAAAGAUUCAAAGUUUCCGCCAAAGAGGUGGAGAGUCUCUUUGUGAGGCAUGGGAGAGAUUCAAAGAGUUACAAAGGCAAUGCCCACACCAUGGGAUUCCUAAUUGGCAAGUUCUCCAAACAUUCUACGGAGGACUCUCCCCUCAAAGCAAGACUAACCUUGAUGCCGGAGCCGGAGGCCCAAUCAUGAACAAAAGGGAAGAUGAAGUGGAGAGUAUCAUAGAAGAUGUUGUGCGCAAUUAUGAGGAUUGGUACGAAGGAGAGAAGGAAGCCACUUCUAGCAAAGGAACGGUACAAUCCGUAGAGCAAACCAAUGCCAUCAUAAAUCUUUCCAACCAAAUGGCAAAGAUGGCGAAACAAAUGGAGGAGUUCAUGAAAUCGAGUUCUCAAAAUACUUCCUCCCCUCCUCCUAAGGGAGGCCAUGGUAUGAAUCCUUCUACUUCUUCUCCCUCUAAUUACAAUGCCAUGCCUCCUGGUUGUAUGUUUUGUGAUAUAUGUGGAGGCUAUGAUCAUAAUUCUCAACAAUGUAUGUCCAUAAGUGAAGGUCCCCCUCCCCAUGAAAAUGAUGAUAAUGUUGAAGAUGUUAAUGCCAUGAAUUUUGUGCCCCGUGAGGGAAAUGCUGGAAUGCGGCCAAAUUGGAAUCAAAACCUAAACCGUGGUUGGAAUCAAAAUCAAUGGAAUCAAAGUGGUGGUGGUUAUGAUAACGAAGGCCAAGGUAGGGGAAACUCUUCCAAUUACAAUGGAAGAAGUUACUCAAACCAAAGGUACGCGAUAAGCCUAUCAAGUUCCGAUGUGAGGAUAGGACUUGAGGUUGAGGAUGAGUCGUCAAGAGAGAAUGAGAUUCUAGAGGGAAGUGGCGGAAAGGAUGAGAGGGGUGAGAAAGAGAAAGAGAAGGAACCCGAAAAGGAGAGCACCAAAGAUCAAACACCUUUACCCCUUAAUCUCCAACCUAGGAAUGAGAGGUUGCCUUUUCCCCAAAGAUUUGCUAGGUCUAGGCUUGAUGUCCGAUUCGGAAAAUUUUUAGAUGUAGUAAAGAGCUUGCAUGUUUCUAUACCCUUUGUGGAUGCUAUGAAAGAGAUGCCACACUACUCUAAAUUCGUAAAAGACCUCUUGAAUGGAAGGAGAGAAGUUGAAACAGUUAGCCUAACCGCAAAUUGUAGUGCUAUUCUCUCUAGUAAGCUACCAAUUAAAUUGCAAGAUCUCGCGGAUAGGUCCACAAAAUUGCCUAUAGGGAAAGUAGAGGACAUACCCCUUAGAGUUGGUAAGUUCACUUUUCCGGUGGACUUUUAUGUUCUUGAGAUGGAUGAAGAUGAAAGAAUUCCUAUAAUCUUGGGUAGGCCAUUCCUAACUACUUCUAAAGCAAUUAUUGAUGUCAAAGAAGGCAAGAUGACCUUGAAGGUUGACAAUGAUUCUAUCGAAUUUGAUUUGAAUAAGGUAAUGAGACAAUCUUCCUCUAAUAAUGAAUGCUUUAGAACAGAUACAAUUGAAAACUUGAUGAAUGAGUUUAGAUACCCUCAUAUGCCUGCUUCUAAUGAUCUACUUGAGAAUGUUUUGUUGAAAGAGAAUGAGGUAGGUGAUCAAAAGGAGAUGCAAUUAUAUGAGGAAAUGCUUGAUGAGAAAGAGGAGACAACCCCCGACCAAGAGAUGCUCCAAACAUAUGAAGUCUUCCAAGUAGAAGAGGAGGAAAUCUCUAAUGGUAAGGUAGCUCCGAAGGUAUAA